AUGUCCUCAUCCGGUCGCAUCGCCAACAACGCCGGCGCCGGCGUCGCUCCUACAGCGCCUGCAGUCGAAUACCACAACCCAACAGACGACACUACCCUUUCCAUUGAGGACAACAGCACCACAACAUUGGAUGACGUCUGGGGCGACGAUGGCGGCGACAACGAUGAUGAUGUCUGGGGCGACGAGUCACAUUCUCACUCCCACUCACAUGAAGAUCACCAUCACCAUCACGAAGCAACGGUGAGAGGCCAUGGAGGGCAUAAUCACCCGUCAGACAUCCCCCGCCUCCAACAGGAACACACCACAGCUGGCUAUCGUGAUGGUAUCACCGUUGCCAAAGCCGAGCACGUGCAGGCUGGGUUUGACGAGGGGUUUGGGCUGGGAGCGACGAUCGGCGCGAUGGCGGGACAAUUGUUGGGGGUUUUGGAGGGGUUGAGUUUUUCUCUUGGCUCUUCGUCGGCGAAGGGGCGCAAACCACCACAGCAGGAUGAUGAUGAAGGAGAAGGGGAAGAGGAUAUCAAGGAGAGAGUCAAGAGGUUGUUGGCGGAAGCAGAAAAGGAUCUCAGCGUGCACAGUAUCUACGGCAAGGAGUACUGGGAUGAGGAUGGGACUUGGAAGUUUGAGGUCCCGGGGGAGACAGAGGAGCAGCAUGAGCGGUAUCAGCAUCCUGAGCGAGAGCAACCGCAACAACAACAACAACAACAACAACAACAACAACAACAACAACAACAACAACAACAACAACAACAACAACAACAACAACAGCAGCGACAGAGGGAUCAAGAGGACAUGGAAGAGGAGGACCAAAAGAGAGAGGAAAAAGAAGCAAAGCCAGAAAUUCUCUUCCCUGACAUUGCGCUAGCACAUCCGCUCAUCAAGAAGUGGGAUCAGAUUAUCCGGACCGAGCUGGCGGAGAGGUUUGGCUUGGUUUGGGAUGUUGCGGUGUUGUUGCCGAGAAGCGAGGAGGAUGAACAUGAGGAGGGUCAUGAGCAUGGUCAUGUGGUGAAGGGUUCGGAAGAGCAGAAAGAUGCGAAGCCGGUGAGGGCGACCAGUCAGGCGCUGGCUUGGUGAAGGCUGGUAAAUAUGGGGGAAGAGAGAAUGAAUGGUUGAGGGACGUUUUGAUGAGGAUGAGAGAAGCUACAGAGGAAACUUUGAAGGUUCUGUGAGCUCGGGUCAAGAGUGUUCUGCAUCUUCUCACCCUGGACGGGUGUAAACGCCAUUGUGACACCCCUUCGUUCUUGUUUUGGCUAUCAUGCCGAGAAAAUACAACGUAUUGAUGGAGUAAAAUAUUCACUCCUG